ACCAUGGUGGAGACAAAGAAGCCUGCGGCCGACAAAAAGGCCGAAAAGGCGCCUGCUAAGGCCAAGGCUGAGAAACCCAAGGCAGAAAAGCCAAAGGCUGAUGCCAAGGCUGCCAAACCCAAGGUUGCAAAGGCAGUGACUAAGGAUGUGAAAGCCAAGGCUGUCAAGCCAAAAACCAAGUUGGAGCUGCUUAGGGAAAGGAAGCCAAAGGGUAAGUUAAGGAGAAGAAGCCCAAGCAGAAGGAACCUCUGGGCAAGAAGCCCCUCAAGGCUGGCUGUUACAGGAUCUGGAAGGGCAAGAAGGAAAUCAUCAGAAGGAAGAACUACAUUGUGAAGCCCAUUGGUGGUGCUAACAAUGGCAAUGCCCGUCGUGUCCUCCAGAACAAGAGGCCAGCCUACUAUGCUGCUCAGUUGAACAAGAAAUACAUCAGCAAGAGGAAGCCCAAGACUAACUUCAAGCGCCUCCGUCCUUCCAUCACCCCAGGCACUGUGUGUAUCAUUGUUGCUGGUGUUCACAAGGGCAAGAAGGUUGUGUUCUUGAAGAGGCUAGUUAGCGGCCUGUGCUUGGUUACUGGUCCCUUCAAGAUCAAUGCCUGCCCACUCCGCCGUGUCAAUCAGAUCUACCUGAUUGCCACUGCCACAAAGCUUGACAUCUCCAAGGUUGAGGUCCCAAAACACAUUAACGACAGGUACUUCCGACGAGGAAAGACUGUGCGCUCCAAGAAGGAGGAGGGAGAUAUCUUUGGACAGAAGACCGAGAAAUAUGUUGCCUCUGAGCAGCGAAAGAAGGACCAGGAGGCGCUUGAUGCCCAAGUAAUUUCCUCCAUCAAGGAGCGAGAGGACAAGAAAAUGUUUUUCGGUUACCUGGGUUCAUACUUCGGCCUCAGGAACAGAAUGUACCCACACAUAAUGAAGUUCUAAAUAAAGAUGUGGAUGGAAUUCCUUUGCUAUA